AUGUUGAAAGACCCUUUUGAGGCUGACAGCGAGGCUGAAUCGAUACUGUUUAUGGGCAUUGUUCACAAGAAUGGUCGUCUCAGUUCUGGGAAUAGAGUGGAGAGCUCCAAGCUGUUCAACCAGCGCGCAACUGCCCUCGUGGGCCCGCCGUUGGUUGCCAUGACUGCCAGUCUGAAGGUCGUUUCAACCGACCUAUUUGACAGUGGUUUGGAAACUAAUAGCCACAGAGCCAAGUGGCAACAACUACAAUCUCUUGUAAUAUCUGACUGCCCGACCUGUCUACUUCGUCCGGCUCUGGUCAAUGAGCUGCAAAUAGGAGUCGUGGCUGCUUCCGCCUCAUUGGAGUACCCUGCAAUCAGGUGUGCCACCUUGUGUUACGCGCAAAACUCAACAAGCCAAAUCGUUCAAUUGCGGUACCAUGAUUACAGUAAUGGAUUUAACAAGAUUGAACGAACUUCAACUGAGAGUAUGGCAACUUCUAUGUGCCUGGAUAGUCGCCGGAUGGCCCAGGCCGGUAAGAAGAACAUCUGA